CUCAGCCCUCCACGGCAGCAACGCAUCACCCCUCCAUGCCCCCCCCGCGCAUCACUGGCCGCCCUCUGCAGCACAGUCAUUGUAUUGAUCCGUCAGCCCAUUGUCUGUGUUGGGGCAUGGUGGACAAUGUCGCCAAUCUCUGUCCAAACCAUGAUCCAACACUGCUAUUGUGACCCUUCUUUUUCCCACUUAACCAGACAAGAUGGUGUUCCUGAGUGAUGAGCUGAGGAGGAGGAGGAGUGAGGGGUGGUCUGUUCUGCCUGGCACUGAGAACGUAAAGAGAUUAUGGAUCUGUUUCAGCGCGUGCUGAUGAAGGCUUGGCAGAAAGUGCACGAGCUACGUAAAUAACAUCAUCACUUCUCCACUCCCUUUGAGUUCCACUUUGCGGAGUUCCUGCUUCUGUGCUUCUGCUGAUUUUCUGCUUCCAGUUUGAUACUUUGCUAUCUGUGUUUCACCCCUGAGACCGGCUUCAGCAAAUGAAACAUAAUACUGGACCAGUGGACGUAGCUCCUUUAAACUGGAUUAUUGUUUGAUGGAUGACAUCUCUUCUACAGCAUGAAACAACAACAACACCAAAUGACUGUGGGACCAUCCAAAGUGUCUACUGUAAUGCUCUGACAAAAAGUGUCAGAUGGGAUGCAGAUGGAAGGACAGCAACACAAGACACUUAUCUAGCACAUGAUGUCAGGCUGGUUUCGUGCUGAUUGAGCUGUGCCUUGCCAUGCCUGAGAUGCAGACCUUCUAUCACGCCGUGCACGGGUCCUCGGGCCUCUACCUGGACCCCACCUUUGCGCGGCGACGUGUUCUGGAAGACCAAGUGGAGCUGUGGUGGUUCAGAGAGCCACGACGCUCCUUGCUGUGCUACUGUGCCUCCGUUGCGCUCAUCAUGGGGCUGGGCCUCGGCGGUGUGGGCCUCCUCUCCACCACAACCAGCCUGUCGGGGGAAUGGCGUCUGGGAGUGGGCACCACCCUCUGCCUCUUGGCCCUCGCUGUUCUACUCAAGCAGCUCCUCAGCUCUGCCAUCCAGGACAUGAACUGCGUGCACAGCCGGCGUCGGAUCGACCAGCUGAAGAGCGGUGGCAGGGCUGACCCAGCUCUGAUUUUGGCGGUGGGGAUCGCAGUGACGCUGUGCGGGACUGCCCUGCUCUGCCUGGCAACGAUCGGCCGCCGGGGCCACGACAGAGGGGACAUGCUGGUGUCUGGUCUGGUGCUGAUGGCUGCGGGCGCAGGCAUGUCCUUAGCUGUAGUGGGCUACAGUGCUCUAGUGUACCUCAAAAGAAGAAGGGAGCAGAGGAGGAGGAGAAGGAUGAGAACGAGCAGAGCGAGGAUGCUGGGGAGUCGAGGGGUCCGUGUGUUCAGCGUCUCAGGUGGACAGAUGGGACCCAGAGAGGCGUCCUCCAGCAGGACCAGUCUAAUCUGAACCCACUCUCAGUGAAGUCUGCGAGGGGGAAGAAUGCAUGAAAUGUGUAACAACAAAAGAGAGGAAUCUGGGCCCAGUAUUGUCAGCAACUCAUCUUUUUUGUCUCUAAAUAUUAUCAAAAUUACACAUUUUGACAGUUUGUGGCAGAACGAUGAUUUGAUAGAUUCACAUUUCUCUUGGUUUACUGUCUGAAUGGAUGUAAUGUGUCUUAUAAAUAAAGACUU